UCGCGUGGAGCCGAUGCCAAAGCAGCGUCCGUAGUUCCGUACGGGGUCUCUCGCGCUCAGUCGGCGUUUAGCUGCCAAGGCUUCGCUCGACGGCGAUUCUUUUCGCUUGUCUCUCGCGUGUCGCGUCGUGCGAUCGUACACAAAGUCACGGGCGCGUCGCGUGGCGUCCCCGUCAGUGCGUCUCUCCGUUCGUUCGCCCGUGGAAAUUCCAUCGAUCCGCGCGCACAUUGUCCGGCGUGUUUUUCUCCGCGAGUAACCGGACGCGCGCGCGGCGUUUCGCUGCGGCGACUUGAUGCUGCGGCGCGAACGUCCACGCGGCUCGACACAGGACACUCGGUUGUGCGUCGAGUACGGGAAAUCGGCGGGUGCCAUGGAGCCGCGGGACUGCUGAUCGACCCGAUCUCUCUCAGUUUCGGCGCCGACACGGGAACCGCACGCGGCCAAGAUGGAGCGGUGGACCGUGUACACGAUGACGUUGCAGAUCCUCGCCGCCGUCGCUCGUGCUACCGAGGAUUUUCGUCACAUCUCGUACGAAGAUUUAGAGGAGACCAGGAUGUUUCGACAAGAGGGGGUCACGACUUAUUCUCAGCUGCUUUUCGACGUGGCGCGACAGCAAGUCGUUGUCGGAGCACGGGAUAAUUUAUACCGCUUGACGCUGACGUCGCUGACGGACCUGGAGCACGCCUCCUGGUCCGCGCCGGAGGACAAGGUCAACACCUGUCAGAAUAAGGGCCAGAGCGUCGAGGAUUGUCAUAAUUACGUCAAGGUGCUCCUCAGCAACGGCAAGAGCCUCUUCACCUGCGGCACUUACGCAUUCAGCCCGUGGUGCGCGUGGCGAGAGAUCGAGAAUAUAACGAGCGUGACCAGCGAGAUGUCGGGCGUGGCCAUGUGCCCGUACUCGCCGCAUGCGAACGUCACGGCACUUUUCUCGAGGGGUCCUUCCGGCGGGCUCUUCGCCGGCGCGCCGACCGAUUUCUCCGGAGCCGAUCCUGCGAUCUACAGAACGCUGGCCUCCCCGACCCUCAGGACUCGACAAUACGAUUCCAGGUGGCUGAACGACCCGCAGUUCGUCGGCAGCUUCGAUACGGAGGAUCACGUGUACUUUCUAUUUCGCGAGUCCGCAGUGGAGUACAUCAACUGCGGCAAGAAAAUAUACUCGAGGAUAGCGAGGGUCUGUAAAAACGACCGAGGUGGACAGAUCGUGAUGAAGGACGUGUGGACGACUUUCAGUAAGGCUCGCUUGAAUUGUUCCCUCCACGGCGAGUUCCCGUUCUACUAUGAUGAAAUCCAAGGCGCGGUCUAUCAUCCGGAAGAGGAAAUCAUUUACGCGACGUUCACGACACCCAUUAACGGCAUCGCAGGCUCGGCUAUCUGCGCGUUCAACAUGUCGGCCGUCACCGCCAGUUUUAACGGGCCUUUCAAGUAUCAGAAAAAUGCGGGUGCCGCCUGGGAAAGGAGACCGGUCGCCCAUCAUAAUCGCCAGCGCUGCGGACCUCCGACCAGCACCGCGCCGCAUGAGAUAAUGGACAAUCAGUGGUACCAAUUGAUGGACGAGGCGGUGCAGAGCACGAUGCCGGGACCGCUGCACACCGCGAUCCUCGAGCGGUUCACCCAUAUCGCGGUGGACGUCACCCCGACGAAGCUGCACCGCAGCGUGACCGUCCUCUACGUCGCCACGGCGACCGGGCUGAUCAAGAAGAUCUCGGUCCUGCCUAGGACGCAGGAGACCUGCACCGUCGAAAUUUGGGGACCUUUACCCUCCGCGCCGAUGACGUUGCAGUUUCUCAAAGACACGCAGAGCCUCUAUGUCGGCAUGGAGAUUGGCCUCUUACGCAUACCUGCCGUUCAGUGUUAUCGUCAUCGGAGCCGUCAAGCGUGCUUGAACGCCCAGGAGCCGUAUUGCGGGUGGAACGAGCAUCUCAUGAAGUGCGCGCAGGCACCGAAGCAGAAUUACCUGGCGAAUCAUUGGCAUCAGGAGGUCACCAAGUGUCCGGUGCUUACCGAUCCUGUUGACGGAGGCUGGAGCGCGUGGAGUUCUUGGUCACCCUGCCAGCACGGCACGGGAGAACAAUCGCCUGGACAUAUUCACACUCACGCGCACUCGCACAGCGAACACGAGAAAAUCGACACGUGUCAGUGUCAAACUAGGGAAUGCAAUAAUCCUCCACCGCAGCACGGCGGCGAGAGUUGCACGGGUACGCGUGUCAGAGUGACAAAUUGCACCGUUCACGGCGGUUGGACCGCUUGGUCAGCUUGGUCAGAGUGCUCUCAGUCUUGCGGUUACGCGAUGAAAACCCGCCGGCGGACCUGCACGAAUCCGGCGCCAGCAUUCGGCGGGCGCGUUUGCGUCGGACACGAUCACGAUGAUAUCAUGUGCAUCGAUCAGCAGCCCUGUCCUGCUCCCGCUAAAGCCACUCCACCGCCUCAGAUUGGUCAGUGGUCGACCUGGGGCUCUUGGCACCCGUGUUCUUCACGGCCGUGCAACGGCGGGAUACGUGUCAGAAAGAGAACCUGCGACAGCCCAUCGCCGAAGAAGGGCGGUGUCGAGUGUCCGGGAUGCGAUUUUCAGAUCGAGGAGUGUAACACUCACAAAUGCAGCGAGACGAAGAGAUACUCCGGAUGGACCCCUUGGUUGGCCGUGAAUGCUAGUAUACAAAGUGACAACACGGUCUACCUGGAGAAGCGUUUCCGGUUCAGUUGCCGCGCGCAGACGGAUGAUCCGUCAAGCGUGCGAGUACAGCUCGCCAAGGAGGAGGAACGUUCCUGCAGGAACGACGGGUCUUGUCUGAGAGGAAAGGAUGCGUACGCAGAAUUCAUCAACGAGACUGGCUGGGGCGAAUGGUCCUCUUGGGGCUUGUGCGACCGUUCUUGCGGAAGGGGUACCCAGCACAGGACGAGACAAUGCGAGUCGCCACCUUGCGAGGGUGUUUCCACGCAGAGUAGAGUCUGCAAUUCACACCCGUGCCGCUUGAAUUCCGGCACUGGUAAUACGGCAGAGGGUCAAUGGUCAUGCUGGACAGAAUGGUCCGAAUGCUCGGCAACAUGCGGCGUCGGAGUGCGUACGAGGACGAGAGAAUGCCUUGGCCCGGAGAGUUGCAGCGGCCCGAGAUUGGCCAGGGAGACUUGCGAAAUGCCCAGUUGCGAAUCGCUGGCUGGUUGGGACACGUGGUCGCGUUGGACGCCCUGCGAUGGUGACCGUCAGCAGCAUCGGAAGCGAACGUGCCUUCAGCAUGGGCCCGGCAUGUGUCAGGGAUCAAAUCGCGAGACACGCGACUGCCUUCCAGACUGCAUGGAUAAUGACGUAAACGCCUUGCCUUCGAGCGUGGACAGUUCGGGCGUCACGGUGGGCGCAGUAGUGGGCAGCUGUGUGAUCAGUUUCAUCAUCGGCCUGGCCUUAACCGCGGUGCUGUGCUUCUGCUAUUUAAAACGACGCAAGCCGAGCAUUCCAGGGAGUCCGCAUUACAUCAGUAAGCAGAAUUCUUACGUCAUCGUGCCGUUGAAGGAGGUGAACGCGAAGCGACAGCCCAGUUUUUCGGGCAGCACCAACGGAAACGGUACUCUACGCGGUAAGAACAAUCCCAACGUCAACGGCCUCGGCAGCCCCAAGUUAUAUCCAAAGAGUCUCGAUUACGAGUCCGCCACUCUGAAGCGUAACAGUCACGGCCAGCAACACAUCCGUGCCGAUCUCGAUCAGGACAAGUAUUACUGAACGAGUUUACUGGUGAUCUGUGUUCUGGUCUCUUCAAGCGCGUGAUUUUUCGUGUGAUUUAUUCGUACAGUGAGUCGUAAUGCCGAGCACGAAUGCGAACUCAUUCCACCCAUUUGCUGCACGUAAACUUUGUUGAUCGAUUAGCGUUCGAUUGAUGUCAAAGUGGCAAGUGUGAAAACGAACGUCCUGUUACAGGAAAAAUGUAUUUACUUAAUUAAGUUAAGGCGUCAUCUUCGACGUAAAAGUGACGUAAAAACGACAAACACAUGAUCGAUCACACAAGCGCCUGUUCACAAGACUACAUGUUUUUAGUAUUAGAUAAGCGAUGUACGUGUUCUCCGACGCGUUUGAGAGUAAAGGCUAAUCUACAAUGUGUCCUUUGCGUCUGGAAACAUUCUAUUUCCUGGCCAAUAGAUACGUUUACAAAAUUUGGGCGAGUUGAUAAACUGUGCAUUACACAUUGUACAAUCGUAAAUUGUCGGCAAGUUUGUCAAGCGUUUUGAUUUGUUUACACAAAAUAGAAUGUUUCUAGAUGCAGGAAGCACAUUGUAGAUUGGGCUUUAAUGACGCUGCGAUUAACGAUGCAAGUUAGUUGACGACAUUGUUCAAUAUUGAAUGAUAAAAAUUCGGUAUAUGUUUCGAGGGGGACAUGACAAUAUUCUUUCUUCAGUUGUCGUAUCUUAAAAUAUUGUAUAUGAGAUAAUGGCAUUUCGUGAUGCAUCGUUCGUCGUGCGAUGCGGUAACUCAGCUGACUCCCAGGAGAAAGCCGUUGUUUCGAGAAAGUUUAUAAGAGUUUAUUUUUGUUCUGUGUAUAUAUAUCGGUGAAAAAGAGAGACAGAGAGAAUGAGAACGAACGAAAUCGAUAAUCAAUCCCGCUCACGCUUGGGCAUUCAACUUUGGCUCAUCCGUAUAAAGUUUUAUGAUUUCUCACGGGAAUAAUUUUUCAUCACUUUAUACUUGCAAGAUUGUAUUCAUUCAAGGCGAAGUUAACAAGAAAGAAGGAUACUGCAACUCACGCUUAGGCUGCCGAGGAUUGAUGGAUUGAUUGAUUUAGAGAGAUAUAUAUAUAAAGUUGUACAAAUACAAAGUGUAUUAUGUAGGUUUGCGUGAAGAUAUUUUGGAGAGAUGAUUUGUCUUUUUUGUUUUUUAUUCAAGAGAAAUAUCGAAUUUUAUACCGAGUAACGUAGUGCCAUGAUACGGAGUUGUACAUAAGAAUGUAUCUUCUUAAACGUAGCUGUACGAGUGAAGCGAAUGCGUAUAUUAUGUAAGAAGUGAACACACACGUCGCGCGACGAUUGCAUUUAUAUUGGCUCACAUUGAGUCGCGCCCGCGAAUUACGUUUAUGCAUGCGACCGCACUGAAAUAAUUUAUGUUUCUCCUUGCCAAGUUUAAGGAGAGACACGAAUUUCUGGUUUAAAACCUGAGGGAAUCGCUGAUGUCUUCCAGAUCAUAAAGGCUAAUCUACAACGUGUCCUUUUGCGUCUAGAAACAUUCUAUUUCCUAGCCAAUAAAUACGUUUACAAAAUUUGGGCAAGUUGAUAAA